CUUGGCAUGGUUAGGGAACUUGCUUGAGCAGUGGCUUAACCUGCUGCACAUGAAUACCAACAUCUUCGUGCUUAUCUACAACCUAGUGACUGAACCUUUUUGGACAACUCAUGAGCUUUUGUUUUGAUAUAUAGCUAGGGAAUAUGGCUUUGGGAAUUUCAAGUCGUCCAUGAGCUGACUAUAAUUCAUGUUUUUGCAUUUAUGCAUGCAUGGAUAUCUUCCAUUACAUGUAGUGUAUAUUAUGCCGCCACCCAUCCCGUGCAUCUAUUAUGGGAAAAUUAUCAUGCUUGAAGGGUAAUUCAAUUCCAGCAUCUUAUCCUUUUAUCAUUAGAGACGGCCAAGGCAGUUCUUUGAACAUCUGCAGAAAGCGAACAACGGUACAAAUGCCUUGCAGAAUAAGGUCACAACCACAUCAGAGCCCAUGAUCCGCAUCUCUUUCGGUUUGGAUUACUACGGAAUGCACACGAUCUUUUUAAAAUAAUAUGAACCGAAAACAUAAUUUUCUGAGAAAAAGAUUUCAACAGGUCAAGUCAUAGGCAUCCCGGACAAGACAUCGGCCAAGUACCUGUCGGUUCUAGCAUUUCUGGACUUGCGGCAAGAUUUGGAUGAGAACAUCGCAGCAGGGGAUAGUAGAUAUAAUCCCCAUCUCUCAGUAAUGGCUGCCAAAGUUGCUUAUGAGAACAAGGCUUUUAUUGAAUCCACCGUCACCGACCACUGGAAGAUGGAUUUCGUGGCGUUUUACGAUUUCUGGAACGAUUAUCAAAAGAAAGCAACAACACAAGGAUUCUUGUUCCGGAAAGAUGAAAACACCGAUUCGGAAAGGAUCGUGGUGGCCUUCAGGGGCACUUCGCCCUUCGACACUCUAGAUUGGAUUUCAGACGUUGAUCUGUCAUGGUACGAGUUCCCCGGGCUGGGAAAGGUGCAUGCCGGAUUCCUCAAAGCACUCGGCCAGCAGAAGCUCACGGGUUGGCCCAAGAACUUGAUCCAAAUAUUUGGCGGCCACGACUAUGCUUACUACACCGUUAGGGAAAAGCUGAAAGAGCUUCUGAAGAAGAAUGACAAGGCCAAAUUCAUAGUCACGGGUCAUAGCCUGGGCGGUGCCCUAGCAAUUCUGUUUCCAGCAAUUUUGGCGUAUCAUGGGGAAACGUCGAUGUUGGAGCGAUUGGACGGGGUCUACACUUUCGGGCAACCAAGGGUGGGAAAUGAGCAGUUUGGAAAGUUCAUGGAAGACCAAAUUAACAAUAACCUGCUCCCUAAUUACUAUAGGACAGUUUAUUGCAACGAUAUUGUGCCUCGAGUCCCCUCUGAUAACUCCGUCACUGAGUUUAAACACUUUGGGACGUGUGCGUAUUUCAACAGCUUCUUCAAAGGCAAAACUGUUGACGAAGUGCCAAACAAGAACUACUUCUCGAUCUUAUGGCUCAUACCUAAGAUCAUAAACUCUGUUUGGGAACUGAUAAGAAGCUUCAUAAAAGGAUGCGUUUGGGGGUCUGAUUACAAGGAAACUGGUCUCAUGCAAUUGCUUAGAGUUGUAUGCCUCUUAUUUGGCGGCGUACCGGCACAUUGUCCGCCUGACUACGUUGAUUCGACAAGGCUGGCAUCAACGGAGUUAUAUGGUACUGGUGGUUCAUCGACUGAAGGAAAGACCAAAAAUAAGUGGGCAACUGAACUUGAUCCUCUUGUAUAAGUUAGCAAGCUCCAUCAUCAGAAGUUCGUCCCUGUGCCUGGGUGUACGCAUCUGCUCUACACCUAGUGCAAGUAAUAAUGUUCUACUGUGCUUUCUGCGUGCAUUCAAGUAAUCGAAGCGAUUAGGUUAUGGUUGAGGUUUGUGGUCAAAUCUAAGUGGAAUGCUACCGCCAUCUUUGUACUUUGCUCAUGUCUGCAUAUCAAUAAAAGAGCUGAAUCCCAAGUCGAACUCCCUUCAGUUUUC